UAUGCUCCUCUCGUUGUGCCUUAAUAUGUAUACUUUCGUGUCUACUUCCUUAAAAACAAAGCAAAGGGAGCGUAAAAGGUGGGCAAGGCGUCAGCAGGGUAGCUUUCUUUCAAUGAAAACACAUCUCAUACUCCUAACUAGCAGAUUUCAAACUUUUUUUAUUUUUUUUUGUCCUAUCACAAAUGACCAAAGCACUACACUGAGAUCCACCGUAUUUCGGUCACGGGCGCCUUCGUCGCUCGGCACCCCGCACCACGCACACCAAAUCUCGGCAGGGAGCUGAGCUGAACGUGCCUACAGCCGGCGGGGGUGCGUGAGGUGGGGAGGGAGCCGCAGUACUGAAGGCACGGCAGCAGCAGUACUUACAUGGUUGCAGCACACCGCUAGCAGAGGCAGCUUUGCUCUCCCGCCGCGUACUAACGCACCGAAAGCAGGAGAUCCGAUCCCUGCCCGGACUGCAGCAAGAACAAAGUCGGUCUCACCCCUAGCCGGGUCCUGCUCUGCCCUCACGUGUAUCAGGGGGAAGUUUGGGUGCACACAGCGCCCGGGCUAAAGACUCAUUUUUUCCUUUUUUUUUUUUUUUUUUUGUCUUUUUCCUGCUCUUGUGAGCAGCGGGUCGAGCAUUAUCCCCGCCCGAGCCGCCCGCAGACCCAGGCCGCCGCCGCGGUGCGGUGCUCCGGGGAGAGCCCCGGGAGACACCGGGCAGAGGGACCGGGCAGGGACCGGGAGAGCCCCGGGAGAGCCCCGCCGCGGCCGAUCCGCGCCGCCUUAACGGGAGGAGGGGCUCCUCGGGGGGCUGUCACUCUCCUUAAGCCUUUCCUUUCAAGCUUUGAAUGUGAGCUGCCCUCCAGCCCCCCUCUCUCCUUCCCUCCCUCCAGUAGAUCGUAAAGAGAGGAGGGAAGAGAAAAAAAAAAAAGGGGGAAAAAAAAAGUUUCAACAACAGGCUGGACCAAUGGCAAGUCGCAAAGCUGGGAAAGGGGGCCGAGCGAAGGGAGAAAAAAGUGGAGAAAAGGAGAAAGAGAGCGAGAGAGCGCAGGCUGGGGGGAUGUGUAAAAGAAGAAGCGUUGCUAAUUUUUUUUGUUUGUUUGCUUUUCCAUGCAUGCAUAAUGAGGCCUAAUCAGAGCACGUUGCUGCUGCUCGGAGGGCACUUUUGUAUUUAAAGCCUUGCAGCGAAAAAAAGAUCCACAGACGGAUCCGCAGCGCGGCUCGCGGGGCUUGUUGACAACAGAAGCAGCAUCAGUCGCCCAGAGAGAAAGAGACCCCGAAGCCUGCCUCCCUCCCCCGUGCUGUCUAACGGGGAGAGACAUUUCUUCUCCCGGCCACCCGAGAGCGCGACCCGCGCCGAGCGAGAGCCAGCGAGCGGCGCCGGGACCGUGAAUGGGAUCGGAGCGGCUGGCAUGUGCAGCGAUGCUGCGAGCGGAGAGAUAGAGGCUCCCGAGGAGGCGGCGGCGGCAGCAGCGGCCGGGCACUUAUUUCGUGCAAAAAAAAAGAGGAGGAAAAAGAGAGAGCGAGGCAGAGCCAGGGAGGCACGGCGCCGCACGAGGAGCGGGGCGGCAGCACCAUGAGCAAGCCCGGCGCGUCCUGCAAGACCCCGAGCGCAGCCCGGAGCCGCUGCCCGCCGCGCCCCCGCCGGCGCUGAGUGCCCGCCGCGCCCCCCGCCCGUCGCCCAGCCGGGAGCAGCGGCUGGGGGGGCUCGGGCCGGCCCCGGGGCCGCUUCCAGCCGCGGGGGCUGCAGAGGGCCCGCCGGCCGCGCGGAUGGAUUGAUGCGAGGAGGGGACCUCAUGCGCACGGUCGGCAGGAGCUUCGCAAACUUUCCCACCGGCGGCAGCUCCUUCUCCUCCUCCUCCUCCUCCUCCUCCUCUUCCUCGUCCUCCUCCUCCUCCCGCUCCUUCCCCUCCACCACCACCUCCUCCUCCUCCUCCUCCUCCUCCUCCUCCUCCUCGCCUACCAGCGCCUCUCCCCCGCGACCCCGCGGCCGCCGCCCGCGAUGCUGGCCCGGCACGGCGGCGGCGGGGGGCUGUGCUGGCCGCGGCCGGCCGCCUGGCUGUGCGUGGCGGCGGCGCUGGGCGCCGUGUGGCCGCCGCGGGGCUCGCUGGUGCAGGGCCGGCGGCUGAUCUGCUGGCAGGCGGUGCUGCAGUGUCAGGGGGAGCCCGAGUGCAGCUACGCCUACAACCAGUACGCCGAGGCGUGCGCCCCGGUGCUGCUGCAGCAGCCGCCGCCGCAGCCGCCGCCGCAGCCCCCGCCGGCUGCGGGCGCCGGGGACGUGCCGCUGGGCGCCGCGGGCUCGGCCGCCUCCCGGCGGCGCUGCCCCAGCCACUGCAUCGCGGCCCUCAUCCAGCUCAACCACACCCGGCGCGGCCCGGCGCUGGAGGACUGCGACUGCGCGCAGGACGAGAACUGCCGCGCCACCAAGCGAGCCAUCGAGCCCUGCCUGCCCCGCACCAGCUCCGCCGGCGGCGCGGGGGGCGGCGGGGGCGGCCCCGGGGGUGGCCCCGGCCCCGGCCCCGUCGGCGGCGGCGGGGUGAUGGGCUGCACCGAGGCGCGGCGGCGCUGCGACUGGGACAGCCGCUGCAGCCAGGCGCUGAACCGCUACAUGACCUACUGCGGGAAGCUGUUCAACGGGCUGCGCUGCACCGCCGAGUGCCGCGCCGUCAUCGAGGACAUGCUGGCCGUGCCCAAGGCCGUGCUGCUCAACGACUGCGUCUGCGACGGGCUGGAGCGGCCCAUCUGCGAGUCGGUCAAGGAGAACAUGGCCCGCCUCUGCUUCGGCGCCGACAGCGGCAGCAACGGCGCCGGCAGCAGCGGCGGCUCGGACGGCGGCCUGGAGGAGUACUACGACGAGGACUACGAGGAGGAGCCGAGCCAGAAGGGGAGGGACGAGGCGGAGGACAAUGCGGGCGCCGAGCCCGGCUUCCCCAUGCAGGCGGACAGCGCCGGGCGGGCCGCCGCCGCCGGGGCCCUGCUGGCCUCCAUCUUGCUGCGGCUGCUGGCCGGCCUCUAGCCGGCACCGCGCCCCGAGCCGAGCCCCGUGCCUCCUUCCCUUCCCUUCCCUUCCCUUCCCUUCCCUUCCCUUCCCUUCCCUUCCCUUCCCUUCCCUUCCCUUCCCUUCCCUUCCCUUCCCUUCCCUUCCCUUCCCUUCCCUUCCCUUCCCUUCCCUUCCCUUCCCUUCCCUUCCCUUCCCUUCCCUUCCCUUCCCUUCCCUUCCCUUCCCUUCCCUUCCCUUCCCCUUUUUCCCUUCCCUUUUCCCUUUCCCGUGCCUCCCCACCCGGCUGUGCACUGUGCAAUGCGGCCCGGCCCGGCCCGGCAGCGGGGGGAAGGACUGCGGGCCUUGAGCAGCAGUGGGGGCGUGCUGGUCGUUGUGGUGACUUUUCCUUUUUUUUUUUUUUUAAAAAAAAAAAAAGCAUUUUGACAUGAAGGUUAGAAAGAGGUGAGCUACCCACACUCGCUGCCAAAGCCGUUGCCGUGCUGGUUAAACAACUUGAUUAGCAUUCACCGAGUAUCGCUGCUCGCGGUGCGGGGAUGCCCGAGAGAGGGUUACGCUGCAUCUGCCGCUAAUUGAGUGUAAGGAGAUAACAGCCCGAGUAAGUCCGGUGGUUUACAGCACUCCCUCUUGCACACACGUCUUCCUUGUAACAAAAGCUUGCCAGCAACCGUCUCUUCCUCUUUAACCUAGCGCUAUACAAAAAUGAUUUUUUUUUUUUCCUCAGAGUUGUUGGCUAUACUGAACAAUGCAACUUUUGUUUUAAAAGAGCUCUGCACUGCCAUCUUUGAAAGACACUUUUAAACUCAAGAACAUGUAUGUACAAAUAUCCUGAAAAGUUAUAUUGCCUCUUGUCAUAUCAGGGUGCUGACCUCUGGUAAAUCUUAUAUAAAAAAAAAAAAUGUAUUUAAAACUGGGAUUUGUUACCAGUCGCUCUUCUUUGUAUAUACAAUUUUAUAAAUUGUAUGCCAUGGGGAUAAUUUAUUUAAAAAAAAAUAAAAAAGUUUUAAAUCCACAUCCUAUUUGCCAGGUAAUUACAUUUGCUAUUAUUUUCUGGAAAGGUACAGAUUUCUUUUUAUGUUUAAAGGGAUACCAGCAACAAAGAUUCACUGAAGUAUUCUGUAGAACAUCAAAUGUACAGUGUAUUUUAUAGAUUUGAAGUUAACUUUCUUAUUUGGAGAGACUUUAUGAACACUGUAGAAUUGUAUAAACGCAUUUCCAAGCUGCCUUAAAACUUUGUAUUUUUUAUAGAAGGCAUAAAAAAAGGCCUAUGUUUUAAAUAUGUACGGCUUUUUGUAUUUUCUAAACGUGUAAAUUAGUAAAGAAAGAGCUUUAAAUAAUGGAUGUGGUGAAAUUGUUUUCCAGGGACACUUGAACUCUCGGCACCCGAGGUUGGAUGGGGGGGCGGGAGCGAGCCGCAGAAUAACAAACCAAAAACAAUCAAACAAACAAGAAUCUCUGUCUGCCUGUAAUACGUUACAUAGAUGUAAAUUACUGCUAUUCUCACGUUAAUGAAUAAUUACAUGCGAGAAGUAAAUACAGCUUUGAAAAUACUA